CUUCUCUUUUUUUUUUGUUAUUAUUAUUAUUCAACAUUAAUAUAAAAAAAGGAGAAUGGAGGCAUUGAAGAAUCUUCAUUUUACACCCGAGACACCUUUUGGUUUACCUCUCUAUCCAUUUUUUGAAAGAGCAUAUGAAGCUGUUGUUGGUCAGCCUGCUUCUCAGUUCAGUUAUGUUCCUUCUGUGACCCCUCUGUCUACUGUAAACGAAGUCACUGUCACAUGUAUCACUUACUUUAUCGCUAUCUUUGGUGGUCGCUAUUUGAUGACCAACGUGCCUGCCUUUAAGCUUCAAGUCCCUUUUAUGAUCCACAACGUUUUGUUGACUUUGGUCUCUGGUAUUCUUUUGGUCUUGAUGGUUGAGCAGAUCUUUCCCAUUUUGUAUCGUCAAGGUUUCUUGGCUGCUAUUUGCGCACAAUCUACUUGGACUCAGCCCUUGGAAUUACUCUACUACCUGAAUUACCUUGUCAAGUACUGGGAAUUGAUUGAUACUGUCUUUUUGGUCUUGAAAAAGAAGAAUUUGGAAUUCCUUCAUUAUUAUCACCAUUCCUUGACGAUGGUCCUUUGUUUCACUCAACUCAAUGGUCGUACUUCAGUGUCUUGGGUGCCUAUCAUUCUUAACUUGACUGUUCAUGUCUUGAUGUACUAUUACUACUUCCGUACUGCUGCUGGUGCUAAGAUCUGGUGGAAGAGAUACUUGACUACUCUCCAAAUCACUCAAUUCAUUAUUGAUCUCUUUGUUAUCUAUUUCUGUACCUAUACUUACUUUGCUUACACUUACUGGCCACACUUGCCUAACAAGGGUAGCUGUGCUGGUACUGAAACUUCUGCUCUCUUUGGUUGUGCUCUUUUGUCUUCUUACCUCUUGCUCUUCAUUAACUUUUACCGUAUGACUUACCAAGCCAAGAAGAAGGCUGCUGCUCUCAAACAAAAGCAAGAAGUCAGAGUCAAAUCAAAGAAGGUUUAAUCAUCCUUUUUUUUAUUUAUUUUACA